AUGUCGACGCUUCUUCAACAAUCUUUCGAUAGUAAGAGGCUGCCGCCAGUUCCGGCUCGAAUUUCAAUGUUUUACCAUGACCCUCUUUUACAUGUUGAACGUCAGGCAAAACACAUACAACGCAAUCUCCAACUCCUGAUCGAUGCUCAAAGCGAAGGCCUUCUCUCCGGGCUGCAAGCGGACGAUAGCUCGACCGGAAAUUCGACCCCAAAAUUGUCGUCUAGUGCGGCCCGAUCACAAUCCCCUUCCACGGUGCCUGCUAGGCAGCCCACGCCUAAGAAAAUCGGGCUUCGGGCUGCCCGGGAGGGCAUAUUUCAAUCAAUAUAUGAUCUACUGAAGUUGCGGGAAGAAGAACGAGAGAUUCUGAUAUCUCAGACCAAUGAAAGAGAGAACGCGCUACAUGAUAUCCAAAGUUUCCUCUCAAGAAGGAAUGGUCUGGAAGACGCUAUCACUACUAUACAUGGAGACGAGGAGAGCCGACGUUCAAAGCAGCUAGAACAAGAGGCUCGGAAUCUCGAGACUGACAUUCAUGAAUUGGAGACCAGGCUGUAUGAGAUGAAAGCUAAACAUCGGCAUCUCGCGAACGAGAUAUCACAUAUUAACAACUCGGUCGAUGCCAAGCUCUCUUCUUAUACUCAAUCUUUGUCUUUACUCGACUCCGACAUCCGAAACUACCUCCGUGACCCUCCUAUCCAACCGUUAUCGCAAAGCUCAGGCGAAUCUACCUUUCACUCUUUGAAUCCCAAACGUCGCACACUUGACAUGGCCCAGGAGCAUUGGAACACAGAACAAGUCGGUUUGCACAGUAGGCAACAGCAAGUGGAUGCGGAAAUACUGGCACUAGAAGAAGGAGGCGGAAUAUGGAAACAAGUGGUGUCCGCUGUUACAAGCUUCGAGAAGCGCUUGCAAGCCAACAUGCGGCAUUAUGUUGAGAUGACCACACCAACGACCGAGUCAGAAGUGUCCACACCAACAGGUUAUAAAGACGGGCUGGUGAGAAGUAUUCUGGAUGACUUAAAGAGUACCACUCACCGGGUCGAAUCACAUCUGGAGCUCGCUGAGGAUAAGGAUUGGAAGCUAUUAGUUUGCUGCAUUGCAGCGGAGCUAGAGGCCCUGCGAGAGGCAAGGGGCUUGCUUCUUCCCGCCUUCGGCCUCCCGGUGCAUGAAGAUGAUGCACCCCUGAAUUCCAUAUCCCCCAAAGAUCCUCUAAUACACCACGAGUUGGAGGUCGAACAUGAGGACACCCGUCCGGAUCAGCUGGAAAAUGACGACCCAGAACCUCCAGCCGAUCUGCUCAAGGAUGCAGACCCUAAUCAUUCCGAUGCCAGGUCGGAAGAUGAUGAGCCAGAUCCGUCAUGGCUAACUUGA